AUGCUUUCAUCUCGUUUGAACAAUCAAUUAAAACCAUCAUUGGUUUUAGUAAUGGACGAAAAUUCAUCGAAUUCAUCAUUAGGUUUUCAAUUUGCUUGUGCUUAUGCCUGCGAAACUGUUGAUAAAAUACAUGUUAUUGAUAUGUUUGAUGAUAUUCAUUCAACGAAAACAAUAGAAGAAUGUUUGAAAAUAACCAAUGAAAAAAAUUUAAUUAUUAUUGAAUCUCUUCCUUGGUUAUUAUUACGAACAUCACAAGGAGAUUUAUCACGUUUAUUACAUAAUUGGAGCAAAUCGAAUAUUGUUAUUGCUGUGGUACCAUUAGACUGUAUCGAAGAAAAUUCAUUUCUUAAAAGUCUUGUUUCAAUUUCAUACAUAACAAUACGUAUUAAAAAUCUUCCAAAAUCGGAAACAAUCGAAGCAAGAAUUGAACAACGAUCACGGACAAAUGUUGAUACAAUUAAAUCUUCCGAUGUUACGGCUAAUCUAACAUUUAACCUUCGCCUUAAAGAUGAUGAACUUGUUGCAAAAAAUAAUCUUGUUUUACCAUAUACAAAGCAACAAACGCAAGUAUCAAGCGAUAGUUGUACAAUACAUUAUUCAUAUGAUAAAGAAGAUGAUAUUGAUGAAGAUGAAGAUGAUGAUUUAAAUUUGUGA